AAGAAAUACCUUUUAGGAAGUCGUGAGGAAAUGCUUUGUUGGUUUCUCGUACUGUUUAACGCGAUGUGUGUCCUCAAAGCAGAGGAGGACACGCUUUUUCCUGGUCGGUCUUUUAGGUCCCGAAGUCUCUGCGACAGUCCAGUUUGCAAAGAAAGAGCUCAACUCAUUCUGGCAUCUGUGAAUAGGAGUGCCGACCCAUGUGAUGAUUUCUACGCUUAUGUCUGCAAUCGCUGGAACAAAGCUCACCCCAUACCCGAUGACAUGGUUUCCAUGAGUCCCUUCGUUGAGGUUACAAUUAAAGUCGAACAGGACUUACGAGAAAUCCUCGAGAGUCUCCCUGUUGUCCCUGAAGCCAAGACAGCACGGGAAAAAGCGGCUGUCGCUUAUCACUCUUGCAUGAACACCAGCAUAAGUGAAGAGGAAGGCAUAAAGGCAGUGAGACGAGUCCUCGAGAAAAACGGGCUCGGAAAAUGGCCAGUCCUGGACCACAAGGAGAUUGAGGAUAUCGGUGACCUCAAAGGCAUCGUCGAGAAAACGGGACUCACGUCUCUUUUCACGGUGCAUAUCGUCAAGGACAUGGACAACCCCAAAGGUUACAUUCUGCAGCUCGGCCAAAAGUCUACCACAAAUAUAGAAUCCCGUAAACGCUGUAAGACAGAAGGUGAGACCACGUGGGCUGCCAAAUUUCGUGAAGUGGCCGAGACCGCGGCUAAACUGUUGCGACCAAGUGCAAAUGAGGAGCAACUGAAAAUCUACGGUAGAGCUACGGCAUUGUUUGCAUCACAAUUGAAUGAGGUCCAACAGCCUCCAGAAGAAAGACGAAAAUUGAGGGAGAACUAUUGCGUUACCACAGUCCAGGAAGUUGAUGACCGUAUUCCAGGGCUUUAUCUUUUCGACCUUUUGAGCACCGAAUUUCGCAAGGUGAACAUCACGAUUCGCAAGGACGAGAAGAUUGUUGUCAUUGCUUUGGAUUUUGUGGAUCCGACCACACAGCUUUUCCUGCAGACAAAACCCGAAGUUGUGUACAACUACCUUGGCUUCAUGAAGGCUUUCGAGCUGCUGCCACUGGUGUCGAAACGGUUCCAAGCAUUGUACAGUGAACUCAGGCAGGCGGCGUAUGGAGUGGAGAAAGACCAACCUCGCUGGAUGAGGUGCAUACGUAGUCUCCAAUAUAUCAUGAAGGACACCAUUGGCCGUCUCUAUAUGGAGAAGCGACUCACGAAGCAAGCUAAGCAAGAGGUAAAAACGCUUGUGCAAGAGAUUGGAAAGACGUUUUAUUCCCGCCUACGUCACAUUGUAUGGAUGGACUUCGAAACACGUGAUAAAGCACGUCAAAAGCUUUCGGAAAUGAAAAAAAGGGUUGCCUACCCGGAGACGUUUCUCAGCGACGAAUACAUCGACAACGAAUUCAGCGCCGUCGGCACCUUGCAGAAUUCCGAGCAUUUCGUGGAAAUAAGGGACAGGUUCCAUAGAGUUGCCUACGAACAGCUGCUUUCCACACUGCGGGCCAGCGUCAGAGACAGCAAAGACGAGUGGAGUGUUUCUGCUACAGAAGAUGUGAACGCUUACUAUUCUCCCGAGACCAACGAAAUUGUCAUACCUGGAGGGAUACUUCAAGCCCCCUUCUUCCAAGAUGGUCUCCCAUCGUACAUCAACCUCGCAGCAAUCGGUUCCAUAGUCGGCCACGAGAUAUCACAUGGCUAUGACGACGAAGGCUCUCAGUACGAUAGCAAAGGAUGGCUCGUCAACUGGUGGAGUAAUGCCACUGAGAAAGAGUUCAACGAGAGGAAGGCAUGCUUCAUACACCAGUACGGAAGCAUCGUCAACCCAGUAACGAAAACUCAGAUUCAUGGGGAGAACACACUAGGAGAAAACAUUGCUGACAACGGAGGAAUUCGCCUCGCGUUUGCGACACACGUUCGGCUUUCGGAGGAUGAUCACGGGCAAGUCUUGCCAGGACUCGAUGAGUUUACGCCUGAACAGCUGUUCUUUAUUUCGCAUGCAUUGGUUUGGUGCAGGACCACACGGCCAGAAAUGGGUGAUGAAGUGAUGUAUGAUGUUCACAGUCCCAACAGAUACCGAGUGAACAUUCCUCUCCGAAACAUGGAAGAAUUCGAAGCAGCGUUCCAGUGUAAGACAGGGGCACCAAUGCACGCGCCUCCAAAGGACAGGUGUAUUCUGUGGUAGGGAACUGAUCGUUGCCAUUAAGAAAAGUAUGAAAGCUCACAGAGGAACUGAAUCUAAAGAGGUUCAUGCAUUGCUUCAGACCGCGUAAACAAGAUCGGCGUCUUGCCUUCUAGCGCAUGAAUAAAGACAAAACCUGUUUUUAAUUUGUCCAUACGU